AUGGAAAAAUCACACUCUCCAGAUAGUCCAGAUGGAAUUACCCGGGAUCCUCACGCCACUUCAAUAGGUGACACAACCAAGCUCGCCGACAAUGCCCACGAUCAAGGGGCUCAACUUUUCCAGGAAGUUCAAGAAUAUACUUCUGAAGAGCUGGAAGCUGAAUCUACCAGAAUCUGCAUCACGUAUAUGAUACAGUUCCUAGAUAAACUUUCACUGAAUUAUGCCUCUGCAUAUAGUUUCAAGGAGGAUCUGGGGCUCACUGGGCAAAAGUAUGCAUGGACAGCAGCCAUCUUCAACUUCGGCUACCUCUUCUGGGCCAUCCCAGCCAAUCUCCUGAUCCAAAGACUUCCAGUGGCAAAAUUGACUGGGAGCAUGAUUCUACUCUGGUCAAUUGUCCUAAUCUGCCACAUCUGGGCCAAGAACUACGCGGGAAUCCUCGUCCUGCGUUUCAUCCUCGGCAUGUUCGAAGCCGGCAUCUCCCCCGCAAUCAUGAGCAUCGUGUCCAUGUUCUACAAGCGUUCCGAGCAGCCAAUUAGGAUGUGCGUAUUCCUUUCAUUCAACGGCAUGGCUACGAUGGUUGGAGCGCUUCUAGGCUACGGACUCGGGCACGCCGAGAAUACGAGUCUGAAAAGCUGGAAAUUGAUCUUUCUGGUCAUUGGAUUGCUGAACUUCGUCUGGUGCUGGGUCUUCCUCUGGUUUGUGCCGGAUAGUCCUAUGAAUGCGAAGUUCUUGUCGCACAAGCAGAAAGUCAUCGCUGUCCAUCGCGUUUCGGAAAAUAUGAUUGGGGUCAAGAAUAAGAGUUUCGUGUGGAGUCAGGCACUUGAAGCAGUGCUUGAUGUCAAGGUCCUAGCUCUAGCGAUUAUGGGCCUAUCUUGUGGCGUCAUCAAUGGAGGGGUUAGCAACUUUGCAUCUGCUCUGAUCAAAGGCUUCGGGUUUUCCGGUAUCUACGCUACUCUACUUCAACUCCCAACAGGAGCCUUUGAGUUCGUCCUCGUCCCGUUAUGUGGCCUCGCUGCUGGCUACUUCAGAGACUCUCGCUGCAUUAUAUUAGCGGUUAUUUGCCUGCCACCACUUGGUGGUCUCUUAGGUAUCCGACUAACAUCUCUUGAUCACCGAUGGACGCUCGUUGGUUGCACCUGGCUUCAAUUCAUCGUCGGCGCGCCUGUGAUCCUCUGCUGGAAUCUCCUCGUCACCAACAUCGCCGGCCAUACGAAACGAUCUUUCUCCAAUGGGUUGUGGUUUGUCUUCUAUGCAGGAGGCAAUAUUGCUGGUGCGAACAUUUUCUUUACGAGAGAAGCACCUAGAUAUUUCUCCGCCUUGACGGGACUGAUUGUGUGCUACUGCGGGAUGUUUGUAGUUGCACUGGUUUUGAGGCAAUACAUGUGGUGGGAGAACCGUCGGAGAGAUAAGAAAAUUGGGGAGGGCGUCAGGACUGAAGAAGGAGCUGAUAUGCAAGGGAUCUUGGAGGGUUUUACGGACCGGACUGAUCGAUCUAACUUGCAUUUUAGAUAUGCGUUGUAG